UGUGCUGCCUCGGGCCUGGAGCCUGGGCACUCCAAGAAGAGGGAGGCAUCCCUAUAGGGGGUUGAGGACAUGCUGUCUCUGCUUUGGGGCACAGCUGUGGUCCUCCAACCCGGGCCUGUGAGCCACCGAAAGUGAAGCAUUGCCGCCAGCAACUGGAGCAGUGACCGCACUGAAGUUCCUCUGGUGAGGGGGAAGGGGAGGAAGGAGAAAAACAAAGGCCAGUGAGUGAGCAAGCCAGCAAGCCAGCACACUCUCUAGCGCACUCUCGUGGAGGCUCACAACACGCUCCCUGUGCCUGCCCCCUGAUGUGUCAGUCAGAGAAGCGGCAAGGACCAGAGCUUCAAGCAGCAGCGAAAUGGUUGCACUUCCCCCAACUGGCCCUACGGCGGAGGCUAGGCCAGCUGAGCUGCAUGUCCAGACCUGCUCUGAAACUACGCUCCUGGCCCCUGACCAUCCUCUACUACCUCCUGCCCUUUGGUGCUCUCAGGCCCCUCAGCCGGGUGGGAUGGAGGCCCAUGAGCAGGGUGGCCCUGUACAAGUCGGUGCCAACGCGUUUGCUGUCGCGUGCCUGGGGCCGCCUCAACCAGGUAGAACUCCCUUACUGGCUGCGGAGGCCAGUCUACAGCCUGUAUAUCUGGACCUUUGGGGUGAACAUGGCAGAGGCUGCCGUGGAGGACCUGCAGCACUACCGAAACCUCAGCGAGCUCUUCCGGCGGAAGCUGAAGCCUCAGGCACGGCCUGUCUGUGGCUUGCACAGUGUGAUCAGCCCAUCAGAUGGCAAGAUCCUCACCUUUGGGCAGGUGAAGAACUGCGAGGUGGAGCAGGUAAAGGGUGUAACCUACUCCUUGGAGUCGUUCCUGGGCCCUCGAGCCUGCACAGAGGACCUGCCCUUCCUUCCAGCCUCUUCCCGUGACUCCUUCAGGAAGCAGCUAGUCACCCGGGAAGGGAAUGAGCUCUACCACUGUGUCAUCUACCUGGCCCCAGGAGACUAUCACUGCUUCCACUCCCCCACUGACUGGACUGUCUCACAUCGGCGUCACUUCCCAGGUUCCUUGAUGUCCGUGAACCCUGGCAUGGCCCGUUGGAUCAAAGAGCUCUUCUGUCACAAUGAGCGAGUGGUCCUAACUGGGGACUGGAAACAUGGGUUCUUCUCGCUGACGGCAGUGGGAGCCACCAACGUGGGCUCUAUCCGCAUCUACUUUGACCGGGACCUGCAAACAAACAGCCCCAGGUACAGCAAGGGUUCCUACAAUGACCUGAGUUUUGUGACACACGCCAACAAGGAGGGCAUUCCCAUGCGCAAGGGCGAGCAGCUGGGCGAGUUCAACCUGGGCUCCACCAUUGUGCUCCUCUUUGAGGCACCCGAGGACUUCAACUUCAGGCUGAAGGCAGGGCAGAAGAUCCGCUUCGGGGAAGCACUGGGCUCCCUCUAGUCGCCUUGGUUGUGGCUCCCAAGGGAUCUUUCCACACAGGAGCAUGAGGGUCUUCAGAGGAGCCCCAGGCUGUCCGAGUGAGGGGCACUGUGGGGCUGACCUCGUAGGACCUGAAUGAUUUGUUCCUGCAUGUCCAGAGGUGCAGAGGAAAGGUUCUGGAUCUCUCAGGACCUGGCCCCUUUACAGAGUAUGGGUGGCUGUGACUUGACCUCAUAAUCACUUUGAGAGGAUUUUAAAAAUUCACUGUAAGCAGAGACCCGCCAUCUCCUGGCCGCGCGUUGUGAGAAUGGUUGCGUGCUACCAUACCCUCUAGCUGCGCCUCGCACCUGUCUCGGGGCCUUCUGUUUGCCUCUUCUGCUCAUGCUGGUUUCUCUGCCUCCCCUCCCUGUGCACAGGGUGAGGUGCCUCCUUGGCACAGACUGGAUCUACUGUCUUCCUAGAGCAGGCCACACGGCCUUCAUAACGGCUUUCUUUCUGAUCACAAAUUCACUUGUCUGCUUGCUGGAAAAGUAAAAUCAUUUAUAUGUUGCUGAAUGUGUUGUCCUAGACUCUGCCAGUGUCUUCUGGGUCAGUGACUAAAUGAUGUAGACCUUUGUAGUCCCCAAGGACUGACCUUCCUAAGCCAGCUGAGUCCUUUCGCUGGUAGGCAUUAUCUGACCUGCCUGGCAGGUCCAGAAAGGGGAAGGUGGAGGCCCAGCCCUGCAAGAAGCAGGGAACAUGCUGCUAUCGGUCUGUUGCUGUGUUGAGGCAGGUGGAAUGGUGAACAGAGCCUAAGAAAAUGGUUUCAAGUAGCUGCUGGGUAUGCAGGCUGUGAGAACCCAGUGGUAAGGACAAGGCCAGAUUUCAUGUUCAUCUUGGGAAUGCCAUGAAUUUCUCCUACAGGAGAAAUCAUUGAACUUUUCAACUGUAUCAGUAGCACAGUAUUUUGUAUGAAGAGUAGGAGACUUCUGAACAGUAAUUCAUUUAAUUGCGAGACAUUUUGAAAUUAAAAACAAAACCAAA